CACUAUCCCAAGACUGUGGCCUCUGUCGUAAUGGAUACACCUGAAAUGAGACGUGUUGCAGAAAAUACCAAGAAUCAAAGUCAAGCACAAUCACAAGUCGCCUAUACUGGAGAAUUGGAUAAAAGGAAAAGAAUGGAAGAAGUUCGUCCGACUUACGUGCCAGCAGAAGCUUCUGGCAAAUCAAAAGAGGCAAAAGAGGAAAAACCCGAAAUACAGGCAGUAGAGGAAAAACAGCCAAAAGAUGCAAAAGUGUCAGCAGCUCCAACGAAAGGAGCUAAGUCUGCAGCAGUCAAAGCAUCGGCCAAAUGA